AAAUCUCAUUGCAUCUAUCUUAAGUACUAUUAAAAACACCUCUGCAGAAGAAGAAUUCACAGAUAUCAUGGUGAAGAUAACUGAAGAAAUCGAUCCCUUCGAUCAAGAAGAAGAAGAAGAAAUUGACUAUGAUCAACUAAAGAAGCGCAUGUGGAAGGACAAAAUCCUACUACAGAAACUAAAGGAAAAAGGAAAAAAAGAAGAAAACCAACAAGCAAAAGAUGAAGCAUCAAGAAGGAAAAAGAUGUCAAGAGCACAAGAUUCAAUCCUCAAGUACAUGAUGAAGAUCAUGACAAUAUGUAAAGCUAAAGGUUUCGUCUAUGGCAUCGUCCCUGAAAAGGGUAAGCCAGUAACAGGUUCAUCAGAAAGCUUACGUGAAUGGUGGAAAGAACAAGUCAAAUUCAGCCAAAAUGCACCAGCUGCAGUUUCAAAAUACUUACCACUCCUUGAAGAAAAUCAUGAGUUAUUAGAAUUAGAUCCAAUUUCAUACAUGCAUCUUCUUUAUGACUUGCAAGAUACUACUUUAGGUUCUCUUCUUUCAGCUCUAAUGCAACAUUGUGUUCCACCACAAAGAAGAUUUCCUCUUGAAAGAGGUUUAGCUCCUCCUUGGUGGCCUAAUGGAACAGAACAAUGGUGGGGUCAACAAGGUCUUUUGGCACAAGAACAUGGCCCACCACCUUAUAAAAAGCCUCAUGAUUUGAAAAAGGCUUGGAAAGUUUCUGUCUUGGCUGCAAUUAUCAAACACUUGUCUCCUAAUGUGGAUAAAGUUAGAAAGUUGGUGACUCAAUCCAAGACUUUGCAAGAUAAGAUGACAGCAAAAGAUAGUGCAACUUGGUGUAAAGUUAUGAACCAAGAAGAAGCUUUGAUUCAACUCACUAAUAGGUGUCUUAAGAUAUCAGAACACGAUGAUGGAAAAAACCAAGGUGAAAGCUCUAGUAGUAGUAGUAGUAUACAUGUUUUGAAUGAGUUGGUAGAAUGUGGAAGUAAUGAGAAGAGAAAGAGUGAGUUUGAUUUAGAUGUUGAUUUUGAUUUUGAGAAGUUAUAUUCAUAUCAAUAUUCUGAGUGUCCACAAAGUGAAUUGUGCAUGGGAUUUACAAACAAAAGUUCAAGGGUGAACCACGAAUCACUCUGUGCUUACAGAACAGAACAAGAACAUGUUCCUUUCCAAGAUUAUUUGUCAGAUGAUUGGAUGAAUAUGGAUAUAACAGGGGCUGAUAAUCAGAAACAUGAUCAUAGUAAUAUAGUUGGGAAUGUGAAUGAGUUGGGAGAGAUUGUGGAGAGAACAGUAGAAGAUUAUGGUGGCUUUUGGAUACAUGGCAUGCAACAAGAUCUUGAAUUGCACAUGGGAGUGGACAUGAAAAGAGAUAACGUGGAUUUGAAUCAAAAUCCAGAACAAGAGACCACACUAAGUCAUGAAGAAACCUCAAUUUGGGAUUUGACAUACAAUUAAGUUUUUUUGCCUCAACGAUGAACUCGGAUCAUUUGCUGUCAUUCAGAACACAAUGAGAUUUAGCUGGACGGCUGCAGAUUAUCCGAGACCAGUUUGCAUGUUGAUAUGCUUUCUUUGUACUAAUUAGUUAGAUAGAAAACAAAUGUUUAAAUAAAAAGGGACUGUCUCCCAAUAUGUAACUCAUGUGAUAUUUAACUUAUACAAAUUAAUACUAUAAUUUUUUUUCUCUUGAUUU